CUCCACAUGAGGCGCCGUGAUGGCCAUAUGCGUGCCAAUAAGGGUCGCUUUCCGGGUGGUGUAACGAUUACGUCGAUGGCCCUUUUAUACGCGGCAUCGUCAUUCACGCAUCUCGAGAGCAGCUUGGACAAAGUACAGUACCGGGCUCGAACACGCAUCAACUCUGCCAUCAUGAGUGAGGAAAAGGGGCCCCUUUACCUGGGCUUUGACCUCUCAACCCAGCAACUCAAAGCCAUCGUGGUCAACACAAACCUCAAAUCCAUAGCCGAAGCCAAGGUCGACUUCGACCAGGACUUUGGCCGCCAAUACGGCAUCCAAAAGGGCGUCCACGUGCGCGAGGCCACCGGCGAGGUCUUCGCCCCCGUCGCCCUAUGGCUCGAGUCCCUCGACCUCGUCCUGGAGCGGCUCGCCAAGGCCAUGCACCCGCUGCCCAUGAGCAGCAUCCGCGGCAUCAGCGGCUCCGGCCAGCAGCACGGCGCCGUCUUCUGGAACGCGAGCGCCGAGGAGCUGCUGCGCGGGCUGGACGCCGCCAAGGGGUCGCUGGUCGAGCAGCUGAGGGGGGCGCUGGCGCAUGAGUUUGCGCCCAACUGGCAGGAUCACAGCACGCAGGAGGAGUUGGUCGCUUUUGAUGCCGAGCUGGGCGACAGGGAGAAGCUGGCCGAGAGAUUCACCGGCCUCCAAAUCAUGCGCAUCAGGCGCGUCCUGCCCCAAGUCUACGCAAGCGCAAAGCGCAUCUCCCUCGUCUCCUCCUGGCUCGCCUCCGUCCUCAUGGGCUCCAUCGCGCCCCUCGACGUCAGCGACGUCUGCGGCAUGAACCUCUGGGACAUCCCCCGCCAGGCCUGGAGCGAGCGGCUCCUCGCCCUCUCCGCGGGAGGCCCCGACGGCGCGGCCGACCUGCGGCGGAAGCUCGGCGAGCCGCGCAUGGACGGCGGCGGCUCCAUGGGCGGCAUCUCGGCGUACUACGUGUCCAAGUACGGCUUCAGCCCGGAGUGCCAGAUCACUCCCUUCACGGGCGACAACCCUGCGACGAUCCUUGCGCUGCCCCUGAGACCGCUCGACGCCAUUGUUUCGCUGGGCACGUCGACGACGUUCCUCAUGAACACGCCUGCCUACAAGCCGGACGGCUCGUACCACUUCUUCAACCAUCCCACCACGCCCGGCAACUACAUGUUCAUGCUCUGCUACAAGAACGGAGGCCUCGCGCGCGAAAAGGUCCGCGACACCCUCCCCAAGCCCGAGGGCGGCGCCACGGGCUGGGAGACGUUCAACCAGGCCCUCCUGGACUCGAAGCCGCUGGGCAUCAACGACGACGGCGACGGCAACGACCGCGCCAAGCUCGGGCUGUACUUUUACCUCCGGGAGACGGUGCCCAACAUCCGCGCGGGAACGUGGCGCUUCACGUGCAAGCAGGACGGCAGCGACCUGCAGGAGGCGCGCGAGGCCUGGCCCAAGGAGGCCGACGCCCGCGCCAUCGUCGAGUCGCAGGCCCUCUCCAUGCGCCUGCGCUCGCAGAAGCUCGUCCACAGCCCGCGCGACGGGCUCCCCGCGCAGCCGCGGCGCAUCUACCUCGUCGGCGGCGGGUCGCUGAACCUGGCCAUCACGCGCGUGCUCGGCGAGGGGCUCGGCGGCGCCGACGGCGUGUACAAGCUCGACGUGGGCGGCAACGCGUGCGCCCUGGGCGGCGCGUACAAGGCGCUGUGGGCGCUGGAGCGCGGCGACGGCGAGACGUUUGACGAGCUGAUUGGGAAGCGGUGGAAGGAGGAGGGGUCCAUUGAGAAGGUGGACGUUGGGUAUCGCGAGGGGACGUACGAGCGGUAUGGAAAGGUGCUGGGGGCGUUUGAGGAGAUGGAGAGGAGGUUGCUUGCCGAGGAGGAGCACUGA